GCUAUGCACUUGGUGUAUCGCGCCCUGGAGAAGGAGCCAGUGCCCUCCGUUCUGCCCCCGUCCCUUAUCCCACCUUCUAAGAGAAAGAAGACGGUAUUUGCAGGCGCUGUGCCUGUGCUGCCUGCCAGUCCCCCACCCAAGGACAGCCUCCGCUCCACACCAUCCCACGGCAGCGUCAGCAGCCUCAACAGCACAGGGAGCCUGUCUCCAAAGCACAGUGUCAAGCAGACUCAGCUGCCAGUGGCUUGGGUGGUGCCUGCGGCAGAUAAGAUGCGCUUUGAUGAGAUCUUCUUAAAGACAGACCUAGACCUUGAUGGCUAUGUGAGUGGCCAGGAAGUGAAAGAGAUCUUCAUGCACUCGGGCCUCACACAGAACCUUCUGGCACACAUCUG